AUGGCAAGCGACAGCCAAUUCGAAGGAUGGUGCGGUCUCGACAAGCACUCGGCUGAGGGCAAGAUAGUCUGGCAAGGCUACGACCCCAAGCCAUUCAACGAAGACGAUGUCGACAUUGAGAUCAGCCACUGCGGUGUCUGUGGUAGCGACAUUCACGUCCUGCGAUCCGGAUGGGGACCAACAGACUACCCUGUGGUAGUUGGCCACGAGAUCGUCGGCAAGGCAAUCCGUGUCGGCAAGAACGUCAAGACCGGCAUCAAGGAGGGUGACCGUGUUGGUGUGGGCGCCCAAGCGGGGUCCUGCCUUCGCCGCGACUGUGACCAGUGCCAGUCCGAUGACGAGCAGUACUGCAAGAACAACUUCGUGAUGACCUACGGCGGAAAGUGGCCGGAUGGAAGCAAAGCGCAAGGUGGAUACGCCAAGUACUGGCGUGGACAAGGCCACUUCGUCUUCAAGAUCCCAGAAGCCAUCCCAUCCGAAGAGGCAGCACCUAUGCUGUGUGGUGGUGUCACAGUCUAUGCGCCACUAAAGCAGAACGGAGUUGGCCCUGGCAAGCGUGUCGGAAUAAUCGGUGUGGGUGGACUAGGACACAUGGGCUUGAUGUUCGCGAAAGCUAUGGGAGCGGAUAAGGUCGUCGCCAUCUCGAGGAACCUCAAGAAGAAGGACGAUGCUCUCAAGAUGGGAGCCGACGAAAUGAUCGCCACAGAGGAAGAAGGCUGGGAGACCGCACACGCCAACUCCCUCGAUGUCAUCGUCAGCACCGUCUCAUCGCCCAAGAUGCCACUAUCUGGCUACCUUUCCCUGCUCGAUGUCGGCGGCACACUCGUCACAGUCGGAGCACCAGACGACCCACUGCCAGGCUUCGCAGCUUUCGCGUUGAUCAUGAAGAAGGUCAAGAUCGUGGGUUCUCUGAUCGGCUCGCCAGCGGAGAUCCGGGAGAUGUUUGAACUGGCUGCCAAGCAGAACGUCAAGCCUUGGAUUGAGAAGAGGCCUAUGAAGGACGCCAACCAAGUUGUGGUCGACUUUGAAGAGGGCAAGCCAAGGUACAGAUAUGUUCUCUGCAACUAG